GGCUCUGCGGCGGACCGGGACCCGGACCGGGACCGCGCGGGGCGGAGGCUGCGGGUUCUCUCGGGCCAUCUGCUGGGCCAGCCCCGGGAGGCUCUGAGUACCAAUGAGUGCAGAGCGCGGAGAGCCGCGUCGGCUGCCACGGCGGCGCCCACUGCCACUCCCGCCGCGCAGGAGUCGGGCACCAUCCCCAAGAAGCGGCAAGAAGUUUUGAAAUGGAAUGGUUGGGGAUAUAGUGAUUCCAAGUUCAUCUUCAAUAAGAAAGGCCAAGUUGAGUUGACUGGGAAAAGGUACCCUCUUAGUGGCAUGUGUUUACCAUCUUUUAAGGAAUGGAUUGAAAAUACCCUUGGAGUAAAUUUGGAGCAUAAAACUACCUCUAAAGCAUCCUUAAAUCCUGGUGAUACACCCCCUUCUGUUGUAAAUGAAGAUUUUCUUCAUGAACUUAAAGAAACUAAUAUUUCAUAUUCACAAGAAGCAGAUGAUCGAGUAUUUAGAGCUCAUGGUCAUUGUCUUCAUGAGAUAUUUUUACUCAGGGAAGGAAUUUUUCAUCGAAUUCCUGAUAUAGUUUUAUGGCCAACAUGUCAUGAUGAUGUAGUUAAGAUUGUGAAUCUAGCGUGCAAAUAUAACCUUUGUAUCAUACCAAUUGGUGGAGGUACAAGUGUCUCAUACGGCCUGAAAUGUCCUGCAGAUGAGACAAGAACAAUUAUUUCUUUGGACACUUCACAAAUGAAUCGAAUCCUCUGGGUUGAUGAGAACAAUCUGACAGCUCACGUAGAGGCUGGCAUAACAGGACAAGAGUUGGAAAGACAGCUUAAAGAAAGUGGUUAUUGUACAGGUCAUGAACCAGAUUCCCUGGAAUUCAGCACUGUGGGAGGAUGGGUAUCUACUCGGGCAUCAGGCAUGAAGAAGAAUAUCUAUGGCAAUAUUGAAGACUUGGUGGUUCAUAUAAAAAUGGUAACACCUAGAGGUAUAAUAGAAAAAAGCUGUCAAGGACCUCGUAUGUCAACAGGCCCUGAUAUCCAUCACUUCAUCAUGGGAUCUGAAGGAACUCUUGGUGUGAUAACAGAAGCUACAAUAAAAAUCAGACCAGUCCCUGAAUAUCAAAAGUAUGGCUCAGUAGCUUUCCCUAAUUUUGAACAAGGAGUAGCCUGUUUAAGAGAAAUUGCAAAACAGAGGUGUGCUCCUGCAUCUAUUCGCCUCAUGGACAACCUGCAGUUUCAGUUUGGUCAUGCUCUUAAACCUCAGGUUUCCUCUAUUUUUACAUCAUUUUUGGAUGGGUUAAAAAAGUUUUAUAUUACAAAGUUUAAAGGAUUUGAUCCAAAUCAGCUAAGUGUCGCUACAUUACUGUUCGAGGGGGACCGUGAGAAGGUUCUUCAACACGAAAAACAAGUAUAUGACAUUGCUGCAAAAUUUGGUGGAUUGGCAGCUGGAGAAGAUAAUGGACAGAGAGGUUAUUUGCUGACCUAUGUCAUUGCAUACAUUCGAGACUUGGGUUUGGAAUACUAUGUAGUAGGAGAAUCUUUUGAGACUUCUGCUCCCUGGGACAGGGUUGUAGAUCUCUGUAGAAAUGUAAAAGAAAGAAUAAUAAAGGAAUGCAAAGAGAAGGGUGUUCAGUUUGCUCCUCUUUCUACAUGCAGGGUGACGCAGACUUACGAUGCAGGUGCAUGUAUCUACUUCUACUUUGCCUUUAACUACAGGGGAAUAAGUGACCCACUGACUGUGUUUGACCAAACCGAGGCAGCUGCUAGAGAAGAAAUCCUCGCUAAUGGAGGGAGUCUGUCACAUCACCACGGAGUGGGCAAGUUACGGAAGCAGUGGCUAAAGGAAAGUAUCUCUGAUGUCGGCUUUGGGAUGCUGAAGUCUGUCAAGGAAUAUGUGGACCCCAAAAACAUCUUUGGAAACAGAAACCUUUUAUAAAUCCAUUACUAUUGUUACAAAAAAAAGUCACUUUUUUUUAAAAGUCUUCAACUAUGGUUAUGCCAGUAAUCAUAUGUAUCAUGGACUGUAUUUCAGCUACAUUUGUUUGUUGAUUUAACAUAAGUUUGUUUCAUUCUGUAGUUUGUUUUGUUUCUACAUUUAUGGGUUGACAGAUGGUAUUCCUAAGUCUCUCUCAUUUGGUUGUCAUUUCUAAUUUUAGUCAGGCAGCGAAAGUCUGCCAGUUGUUAUUUCAGAGGACGAUGCUGCCAGGUGUUUUGUAUUGAUGUUUCCUCUUGGGAACAAAGGCAGAUUUUGGUGUCAUCUAUUGGUUUUUCAGCCUCUUUUUAAAAACAUUUUAAAAUAUCUCUGGGAAGCAGAUCUUUUGGGCAAGAUUCCACUAGGAGUGAUACCCAUGUAUGUUUAAGAGCGCAUUCUAGUGUGAGUGGGCCUGUAAGGGAGGAUACUUAUGAAUCAGUAUUGGAAGCCUGUUACUUACGAUGCUCUCAGUUCUGUAAGGUGCUUGGCCUACCUUUUUUUGAAAUUAGUAUACAAUUAUAAAACUUUAAAUCAUUAAUAUACAAAUUAUUCUGUUUGGGGACACAUUUUUGUUCUCCAUUUUUCUGUUUCUACUGAAGUAUGAGCUGUAUUUGUAUCACCGAGAUAACCUAUUGUUAUAUCCUAUUUCAUUCAUAAUAUGUUUUAUAAGAAAAGCUGACGUAUUACUCAUUGUAUGUGAAGAACAGGUUUACCAUGAAAUGUAUGCCUUUAUUCAACUUACAGUCCUAAUGUUUGUGAUUUCACAUUCUUGUUGCUGAGAUGCAGAAGCAGCAACAGGAGAGAAGGAAGACUCCUUACACCCAAUGUCUCCAGUUCAAAGAAUUGUUUGGCUAAAGAAACACAGUCAUCAUUCAGCUAUUGAAUUUGAAAGCCUCAACAGUUUCAAUGAUAAAUUCUUUUUUUUUAAAUUAACCCAAACAACAUGAUACGUUUUCAUAUAAAAGUAAAAUUUCAGUUUAGUUUUUAAUAAUGGUUUAAUGCCUUUUUUGAAUUACUGGUUUAACUUAAAUUUUAAAAAACUGUAAUGUAUUAAUAUACAUGCAUAAUCAAAAGUUUGAAAUAUCAUAUUUCUUAAUAGAACAUUAAUCACAUUUAGCAAACUUUUACAUUCAAAUCUGGGUAUUAAAAUACGUGAAAUGAUUACUUUGAAUCACUGUCAAGGUUCAUGAUACACAUUUUGAGAUGGAUUCUUUUCUUAAUGCAAUACCUAACUUUUGAUAAUUUUUUAAAAUUAGUAUUUGAUCAGAUAAUGUAGGUCAAAACGCACAUGAUCCUGUAAAAGGACACGCUGUCUGUCUGUGUAGCAACAGCUCCAGAAUAUUUUUGGGCAGUUUGAUACAUUUUAUAUCUGAAGUAGCCUUAACCAGAAGAGUAAAAAUUUAAAAUUGACAAAAUGGUAUUUUUAAGACUUCAAAAUGAUAAAUAACUUCUAAUUAAUAAAAUUGGCUUCAAACUAAUAAACUUAAAUCUGUAAGAAAAUCAAAAUUAAAUAUUAGCUUAACAACAUAAACUAAAUACUGAUGUAUUAGAAGCUGCCUCUUUACAUUCGUGAUUUAUUUUUAAUUAUAAAACUUCCAGCAGAUCUGUGCUUAAAGCCCUUGAUAUUUGAAAUAGUUGAAUACUUGAUGAGGAAAUUACACUUUAUUUGCCUUUAGAAUUAUAAAAAUCUCAGCUUUAUAAAAUGCAUCUACUCAUGAAAGUGAUUUCUCUAAUUGGUAAUAAAAAUGUAAAAUUUAAUAUGCUACUAAUAUCUCAUUGGAGUGUAUACAUGUUUCUGAGUAAUUUUUAAAAAAUAAAACUUACAGAUUCAUAAGCAGAUCCAUUCCUUUGCAUGUGAUUGUUAUAACAUUCUUUCCCAGGGAGUUCAGAUUUCAACAACCUCAGAAAUCUGUAUUUGAUAUUAGGAAACUAUAAAUGUAACACCUGAAAUUGUUGUGUUCACUGUUCUACACGAACCUUGUGGAAAUCAGUGAUUUAUGUCUUUGUUUUUCUUCUCCCUUGUUUGCAGGACUCCCCAACCUUGAUUUUAUAGUGAUGACUACAUUUUGUAGUUGGGGUCAUUUCUAUGGGCAUCAUUUUGAAACACAUGAAUACUCACCAGUGCUGUUUCACUCUGAUUUAGUAAAUCAGAAAGCCUUUUCCCCACUUUCAUACCACACAGCUGAGGGGCGCCGCUGCAUCUACUUAGUGUCUGUGGAGAGCUUUUUCUUGACUAUGCACAGAAGCACUGAACCUUGCCUCGUAUUUCUGAAAAUGGCCUCAUAAAAGUUAAAGCCCGGAGAACGUUGUUUCUGUGAGGCUUCUUAACUCAUUUUGAAUGCGUUUGUUUAAAAUUUUAAAAAGUUGUGCCCUAUUUGGUUUUCAGUACUACGUAACACUGACUUGUCUUUCUUAGUCGUGUUUCUAAUAUUUUAUUUGAUCCAUGUCACAUUUGGGUUGGGGUUUUAGUGGGAAUGGGAACUUGCUGCUAGUGAGAAAUGGCACUGAAACUAAAGACUCAGUGUGAACAGGCUUUAUUGACCCUUAGAGUAACUUGCCUUAAUGUUUGGUGCAAUUUAUAGCGCAUAAGUGAAUUUAGUCCUAAGCUGAGUAACUUGAGCUCUUUUAGUUUAGUAAGAAUUGUAAAAGCCACUUGCUUAUUGUGCCCAGCAUAUUACUACAAAGAGAGAGGAUUAAAUUCUUUCCUCUCCCUAGGAAUUGAGUUUUCUCCCCAAAUGCUUACAUAUUAUAUAUAGUGCAAUAACUUAAAAGUUAUUGAUGAAGCUGGAGCUUUCUGCUGUGCGUAGCCGUGUUGUGUUUUGGAAAACAAAAGUAAAGGGUGCACUUCCAUCAGUGUGUACACCGUGCCGGAUACAGACUUCCAAGGAAACCCCUUAUAGCAUAUUCUCUUAGAAACUGCUAAAUCCUAGCUUGCAUUUCUGAAAAUUCCUUUGUGCAUGUUGGCUCCAGAGAUUUUCCUGUGCUAUAUUCUUUUAUAACAACAACUUCUUAACCAUAGCUGAUCAGGGAAGCUCAGCACACCCAAGCAGAAGCGUGUUGUCUUGGCUGUUCAAGUGGGGCUGGGUUUGUUGAGCAUCUGUUCUAUAUAAUGUGGAACACAAAUAGUUAUUUAUUAUGAAUUGAUGCACAGACUGCAUGUGCUGGUGCUUGAGGCAGCCAAAAUGGAAUAUUGUGGAAAGCAUAUCUACGUUUUAGGAAACACUGAGAUAGGAAUUCAAGACAGCUUUAAUAGCUUUUUGUUUACCACUUAAUAUUUAGCAACUUUGAUUUUAAUUAGGGCUUAGCUCAUGGGGUGGGGAACAAAAAUAACAAGUGCCAGUUAGUAUUGAGAAUCCAGGCUCUCCUUUGGCUUCAUAAGUUAUGGAAUCUUCACUUUGCCCAAGGCUUCUUUUUCCCAAAUGAGUCACAUGACUGUAUAUUCAUUUAAUUUUUAUUAAUUCCUGUUUCUUAAAAAGGAAACAACAUAGACUUUGAUGCUAAAGUCCAGAAAGCAUAAAAGAUUUUUUUAAACUAUUAAAAUAUAGUGUUUGAGGAUAUAAAUUACUCAGCUUUCUGCUUCUUAAGCCAAACAGUGUUUGUCUUUAGUAUAAAGUUUAACUGUAAAAACUACUUGUAAAUGUCAACAGAUUGUAGAAACUUAUAUUACUAAUAAAAUGGACCUGGGUCUAA